AUGGCGUCCGUCCCGGGAUACUCUGCACCAGGCAGAAUCAGACCACCCGAUGAUACCACCCCCGCCAAUCCCGAUGAAACUACCAUCUCUCAAGAGAGUGUCUCACCUCAGGAUGAGUCGAUGGAGGACACCGAAACCGUUUUCUUGAAUAAGAGCGUAUCGACCUCGAGCCACGAAUCGGAUAUUUCCAGCAAACUUAGUUCAUCAUCAAAACCCCCCCAUGUCUCAGAGGAAGACGAGCCGCGCAAAUGCUGGAUUUGCUACACAGAUGAAACGGAAGACUCGCCACUGAAUCUGGAAUGGCGGUCGCCCUGCCCUUGUGCCUUGACAGCCCACGAGGCAUGCCUGCUCGACUGGCUAGCGGACAUGGAAAACCCCCGGUCGCGGAAAAGCAACGGUGGUGUAACAAUGAUGUGCCCUCAGUGCAAGACGGAAAUCGUGGUCACUCGCCCGCGAAGCUAUGUCGUCGAUGUACUUCGAUUAUUCGAGCGCGUAGCAGGUCGAUUGGUUCUUCCCGGCAUAAUGUUUACAAUGGCUGGCACUGUUUGGGCCGGGUGCUGCGCGCAUGGCGUUUAUUCAAUGUACCUCAUUUUCGGAACCGAGGAAGCCAGGCAGAUCAUGGAGGAGACUGUGGAGGGCCCGUGGAAUCCCGGGAUGAAUGUUGGAUUGCCGCUAAUCCCGCUCGUUCUAAUAUUCUCGCGCACUCGAUACGCCGAAGGCCUUCUUCCAGCUAUUCCGGUUCUUUUCUUCGCUUCACAUAACCCCGGGCAGGACCCGGACUUUGACUUGUGGCCACCCACGCCGGCUAUGACGUUUGCCGCGCUGCCAUACGUCAACAGCUUUUACGGGGCGCUUUACGAACGGAUAUUCGGUGGCUUGGAACGGAAAUGGAUUGCCGAGGUACAACCCCGCGCGGCAGAAGAAGUCCUGGAUGAUGCGCAGCAACAAGAUCAGGCGGAGGGUCUCAACCGGUUUGGUGAUAAUGGGAACGGACAAAUCCUGAUGGAGAUCGAUCUUGAGCUGCAAAUGGGAAUGGGCGAUGGAGACGAACCGGACCUUGGGGCUGCCGUCGAGCAGGACGAAGAUGCCGAUGACGGCCCACAAGAUGCUGCGCAAAACAAUAACCCGCUAGGGCUUGGGCACCGACAUAAUGAGAUCAUCGCCGAUACCAGCAAUUUCGCUGAUGUCGUACUCGGAGCACUCGUCUUCCCAGCAGUCUCAGCAUCAGUGGGUGGCCUAUUGAAGUGUCUUCUACCUAAGUCAUGGACAUCCCCAACCAUGAGCGGUGGCCGCCUGGGGCUACUCCAGACCCGCUGGGGUCGCAGCGUUGUUGGUGGGUGCAUGUUUGUUCUGUUGAAGGAUGCACUGGUUCUUUAUUGUCGAUGGAAGCUCGCCCAAACGCACCGUCGCCGCAAGGUUUUGAACUACGAUCGAGCUAAGAAACACCAUGCUGCAAAGCGGUCCACUUGA